AUGAAAUCAUGUGUUCAGACCGCAGAAAAAAAUAUCCUACGUACCAUCUCUAUCCUCACCGCCCUCUCUCUGCUUCCUAUCGUCAAAGCCAGACACGCAUCAAUAUCUCUCCUCCUCUCCCGUAUUGGUGCUCGCUCUGGAGCUUAUCUCCCACCACCGAUCGCUGAUCUUCCUGGCCGUGCCGCUCAACGUGUGGAGAAAAAAAAAUCCCACCGCCCCAGCCAGGUCUUCUUCCCCCUGCGCGCUUAUCUUCAGCCGCCGUUCAGUGUUCGUGGGACAGAGAAAAAUCUGGCCGUCGUUCUUCACGCGCAGCUCCCUCGUGCUCCAUUUUCUCUGGCCGCUACUCUGGCCGGCGUUCUCUGCUUGCUUCAGCUCCAGCGCCCAGCCUCAGCUCGCGCCCAAGCUCCUGCGCGUCUCUCAGCCCUGCGCGCGAGCUCAGCAUCUCCCUGCGCACCGCGGCAUCGCCUCUCCCUGACCGCGGUCUCCUCCAGCUCACCGGAGCUCUCUGCCGCGCCUGCUGCUUCCCCGGCCAUGGUAGUCGCCGCUCUAGCCCAUGGCCGAGCUCGCCCUAGCGCCGUCCCCCUGUUUCUUUCUGCCGCGAGCAGCUCCCUGGUGCUCGGACCCAGCUCCGCGCGCUUCCUGCUCCCAUGGCCAGCGGUGCUCUAGCCCCUGCGUCGCGCGUCUGAGUCGCCCUCCAGCGCCGCGCCCGACUCCAGCCAGCCUUGCUCCUCUUUCUCCCUGCCGUGCGCUUGCCAGCUCGGAUUUUGCUAGCCGCUGUUCUCUAACCCAUGUGCUGGUCGGUGUCGUGGAGUUUUUGUUUGAUCAACUCGUCAUCGCGUCGUUUGCCGUCGAGUGUCAAACACGUCAUCCUCUGCUCGAACUCUACCUCACCAGCUCGCUCCCGACGUCAGCUGAAAGCCGUUGUCGUUUCGCGCGUCAGCAAGAAAUCCCAAAAAUCGGGUGAAGACGGAAUUAGCAGGCCGAUAUUCCCAAGCGCUCGACAAAUUGACUGGAUCAGAAAAUCGCUACCGAUCUCGUGGAUUCGUGUCAGCUGUUGAAACGGUAAGCUGAUGAAGUGUUUAGAAUAGUUCGAACAUUAAAUAAAUUAAUGUGUUAGUGCGAUGCUCAUUAGGUGCUCGAUAAAUUGCGUGAGUCACAAAACUCUCGUCGACUUCGCAGUUCUUGCGAUUAUCGAGCCAGGUUCAGUUAUAGCGAAUUAUUUCGCUAUUUCGGUCAAUUAGCUGGAUUAGUGUACCGAGUAGAAUAUUAAUAGGCCUA